AUGAAUUCUGGAAUUCAGUCACCUAAAGAAAUUCAUCCGAUUGUAUCGGAGGUCCAUGUUGAUGCCAUGAACAUUAAGAGUAUUUUCUCCAACCAAGAUAUCACCAUUAGAGUAGACCAUGAAGUUAGUAAUGAUGAAGCACUUUUAUUAGCCAUGGGAAUGAAACAAGAAUUCAAAAGAGAAAUGAGUGGAUUUGCUGUUUUUGCAGUGGGGUUCUCUGUUUUGGGUUUACUUCCAUCUAUUGCUGCUUGUUUUGAUUAUCAACAACUUGUUAUCGGUAUGUCUCCAUUACCUUGGAUUGUCGCCAUGGUUUUCAUUACUUGUGUUGCUAUGUCCAUGGCAGAAAUAGCUUCGGCGUUCCCUUGUUCGGCUGGUACACCAUAUGCUGUCUCACAAUUAGCACCACCAAAAUGGGCUCCAUUCUUUACUUUCAUGACCUCAUGGCUGAACUGGUUAUGUCAAGUUACUGCUUGUCCUAGUGUUUCGUAUUCAGCAGCAUGCAUGAUGUUGAGUUUACAUUCUUUCAAUGAUCCAGGCUACUCUGCUACCAAUGCACAAGUGUUUGGUUUAUCGACAGCUAUCCAGUUAGUGUGUAUGGUUAUGAGUGGUAUGCCUACUAAAUGGGUCGGUCGUUUUGGAUCUCUUGGUACUAUUUUGAAUAUGAUUUUCUUGGUUAUUGUUUUUGUGAUGAUCCUUGCUGGUAAUAAACGUGAUGAAUUCUAUGAAGGUGUCAGCAAAUUCAAUAGUAACUCAGUUGCCUGGCUGCUUGAAAAUCAAACUCCAUUUCCAACCGGUAUUUCAUUUCUCUUGUCAUUUCUUGGUGUUAUUUGGUCUAUGUCUGGUUAUGACCUGCCUUUCCAUUUAAGUGAAGAAUGUAAAAAUGCUCCAGAAAUUGUUCCAAAAUCUAUUUUCAUGACAAGUAUUUCUGGUGGUAUAAUUGGGUUUAUAUUUAUGAUUGCCGUUUCUUAUACCUUGUACAGUAUUGAUGAUAUUAUUGCUGAUCCUCAAGGUUUGGGCCAACCAUUUGUUACUUAUCUCCUGCAAAUUUUGGACAAGAAAUUGGUUAUUGCAGCUACUUCCUUGACUAUUGUUUCAUCCUUUUUUAUGGCACAAAAUUGUUUGCUUGCUUCACUGAGAGUCACUUUUGCUUAUUCAAGAGAUGGUUUAUUCCCAUUCUCAAAUAUUUGGAAGAGAGUUUCUCCAAUAACAAAGACUCCAUUAUAUGCCGUCUUGGUCAAUUUUAUUAUUGGAGAAUUAUGUCUUUUGUUAAUCUUUACUGAUGAUGAAGGUGUUGGUAUUUCUGCUAUUUUCUCAGUUGGUGCAAUUGCUGGAUUUGUUUCAUUUACCACUCCAACAUUAUUUAAAAUUACUUAUUCCAGAAAUACUUUUAAACCAGGACCAUGGAAAUUAGGCAAGUAUUCACAACCAAUUGGUUGGGUCUCCGUAGCAUUUGUUACAGUUAUGGUUCCUAUCUUAUGUUUCCCAUGGAGUUCUGGUAAAGAUUUAUCAGCAUCAAGUAUGAACUGGACCUGUGUGGUAUAUUUCGGUCCUAUGUUUGCAGCAGCUAUCUGGUUUGCUAUUAAUGCUAGAAAAUGGUAUGUCGGUCCACGUAGUAACAUUGAUCCUGAUGAUAUCGUUUAUGGAGAAAAACUUGAAGAUGGAAGUGAAAUUCCUGAUAUUAUCGAUGGACAAAGAGUUAGUAUAUCUAGCACAGAAAAGAGGUAG